AACCUGGAGAGCCAGGAAACUCUGGCGAGAAGGGCACCAAAGGAGAGGAAGGAGAUGUUGGUCAAAAGGGAGAGCCUGGGAUUGGUUUCCGAGGCCCUAUGGGCCAAGCUGGAUCUCCUGGGCAAAAAGGUGAACCGGGGGCACCGGGAGCUCCAGGAGCACAAGGAAUCCAGGGGAUCCGUGGCAAUCCGGGGAUCCCAGGAUCUCAAGGGGAGAGAGGCCCACCUGGAUUGCCUGGGACUCCAGGAGAAAAGGGGGAACAUGGUAAGAGAGGCCGGAGUGGGUCGUCUGGACUGCCAGGUCCCCCUGGACCACCUGGGCAAAAGGGUAUGCCAGGUGUUCCUGGGACCAAGGGCAACAAGGGGGAGACCGGUCUUGGCAAACUGGGCCUACGAGGGCCACGUGGCUUCCCUGGGCCCCGGGGUGAAGAAGGAAUUGUGGGAGUCCGUGGCCCCAUUGGCAUGAUGGGACAGAAUGGCCUUGUGGGUCUCAAAGGGGAAAAGGGUGACGUUGGCUUUCCUGGGCCCAAAGGAGAACGGGGAGAUCCUAUAACGAUUUUUGGACCUCAAGGCUACAAAGGCAACAAAGGAGACACAGGUGAAAGGGGCCCUCCUGGAUUUGAUGGAGACAAGGGUGAGAAAGGAGAAGAUGGACCUGCUGGUGAAAAGGGUGUGAAAGGAGAAGCAGGAUCCAAAGGAGUCAUGGGCCUCUUUGGUACAAGGGGACCAGUGGGUCAGAAGGGUGAAAUCGGAGAACCUGGACUGCUUGGAUUUGCUGGAAGGGCAGGACUUGAUGGGAAGAACGGGAUGAAAGGAGCAAAAGGAGACCGAGGUCUACAGGGCCAAAAAGGAGAACCGGGAGGAAAAGGCGAUUCUGGAAUCACGGGAGACAUCGGACGGAAAGGUGCAAAGGGUUUACGUGGUUUGCCAGGGAGGACAGGACCUCCGGGUUCACAUGGCAUCAAGGGAGAAACUGGUGGUAUUGGGAGGCCAGGAAUGCCAGGGUUAGACGCACUUGUCGGCCCAAAGGGCGAACGUGGAGAGUCUGGUACCGACGGGUCCCAGGGAAUUACGGGGCAGAAAGGAGAAAAGGGCUCCAAGGGGGUUCCUGGCCUGGGAGGCUUUAAAGGACAGAUGGGCCUACCUGGCAAGGUGGGUGUUGCAGGCCCACCUGGCCCACAAGGACCACAGGGAGAGCUGGGGCCAAAGGGAGAACGAGGCAGAAGAGGAAGGCAACCCUCGUGUCUCCAGGGAGCCCCAGGGACUCCUGGCAACAAAGGCGGAAAGGGAGAAGACGGUUCCAUCGGUCGGAAAGGAGAGAAAGGAAACCCCGGACUGUCUGUCGAUGAUGUGAAGCAUAUUGUCAGGACGGAGAUAAAGGACCAAGAUGGCAAAAACCUCCGCUUGGCGAACAGAUUGGCAGGCCUCGGGGCUGACUAUCUAGCAGACAUGGAUCCAAGGGGGGAAAGCACUCUGCAAGAAGGGUUUUUCGGUGGAUUGCAGAAUACAACCAAAGCGGACUUGCCUCUGACCGAAUCUGUCCUACCUUUGGCAGAUCCCUGUGUCUUACCAAUGGACGAAGGCACCUGCAAGCAGUACACGGUCCUUUGGUAUUUCCACCAGGAAGCCAACCAUUGCCGGCCAUUCAUCUUCGGAGGCUGCGGCGGAAACGCCAACCAAUUUCCAUCCAAGAAGAAGUGUGAGCUUUGGUGCAAGAGAACAACAGAUCCCUCCAAAGAUGUUGACCAGAUACAAGGAGGAAGGAAUGGUGAAAAGAAGCAGGUCUCCACCAUCUCCAAGACUGUACAUGCUGUGGAUGGGAUGGUUUAAGAAAAGCUGGGUUUGGGGCAUUUACCUGUUCUGUGAACAAAGGAGGUAACUCAGGCAUGGGCGAACUUGGGCCCUCCAGGUGUUUUGGACUUCAACUCCCACAAUUCUUAACAGCCGGUAGGCUGUUAGGAAUUGUGGGAGUUGAAGUCCAAAACACCUGCAGGGCUGAAGUUGGCCCAUGCCUGAGAUAACUUGUAUGGAAAUAAAUCCAUUUGAGAAAAGGAAUGUAAUUACUUUGCUUCAUUUAUGGUAAUCUUCAACAACAGUCCCGUAUUUCCCAUCUUUCUGGCUUAGGAAACCUUUGGUCCCAAAUAAAGAGGUCAGGCCAAGCGGGCAAGCUUUGCACUGUUGUUUUCACUUAGGGAAGACAGACGAACAGAUAGCUACAGUAGAGUCUCACUUGUCCUAGCUAAACGGGCCAGCAGAAGCUUGGAUAAGCGAAUAUCUUGGAUAAUAAGAAGGGAUUAAGGAAAACCCUAUUAAACAUCAAAUUAGGUUUUGAUUUUACAAAUUAAGCACCAAAACAUCAUGCUAUACAACAAAUUUGACAGAAAAAGUAGUUCAAUACACAGUAAUGUUAUGUUGUAAUUACUGUAUUUAUGAAUUUAGCACCAAAAUAUCACAAUAUAUUGAAAACAUUGACUACAAAAAUGGCUUGGAUAAUCCAGAGGCUUGGAUAAGCGAGGCUUGGAUAAGUGAGACUCUACUGUAGAUAGAUAGAUA